ACCUCCCACGCGACGUUAACCUGCUGUACCGGAAACAAAAUGGCUGCAGGAGACUUCUGAGGGAGGAGAAGACCAGAGAAGCUUAGAGGGCCACAACAGCUACAUCUCUCCAUUGAGUCGGGCGGAAACAAUAGUCUUAGGCGUCAUCUAUCCUUAUCCAGCCCUGCCGCUUUGUAGAGAGGACGAGGAGCAUGGCUGCAUCUGGGAGAGUAGCAUCAUCAGGUGAUGAAAUCCCGUGGUGCUUCUCUCAAGUAAAAGGCACCAUUGAAGACGAAGUAGCAGAUGCUGAUAUAAUUUCAACCGUUGAGUUCAAUCAAGAUGGCGAAUUCCUAGCCACUGGUGACAAAGGAGGUCGAGUGGUUGUAUUUCAGAGGGAUGGAACCAGAGGAGCUAACAAACCCAGUGUAACGGCCUCGUCUGUCUUCAGAUGUGACUACAAUGUCUACAGUACCUUCCAAAGCCACGAGCCGGAAUUUGACUAUCUGAAGAGUUUAGAAAUUGAAGAGAAGAUAAAUCAGAUCUGCUGGGUAAAGCAGACAGGGUCGUCACUUUUCUUACUAACUACUAAUGAUAAAACAAUCAAACUAUGGAAGAUAACAGAGAGGUGUAGACGGUUCUCAGAUUUUAACACAUUCACAGACGAAGGCCUCCUCAGAGAGAGACACAUGAUUAAGAAGCUUAGAAUACCCAAGAAAAUAGACGAUGACAUCUCAAUUGAAGCAGCACCUCGAAGGAUCUUCUCAAACGCUCACACAUAUCACAUCAACUCGAUAUCAGUCAACAGCGAUGACUGCACCUUUCUCUCGGCCGAUGACCUCAGAAUUAACGUGUGGCACAUUGAAACAACCGGGCAGAGUUUUAAUGCUGUCGACAUUAAACCAGCUAACAUGGAAGAGCUCACCGAAGUUAUAACAGCCACCCAAUUCCACCCGUUCAAUUGCCACGAGUUCAUAUACUCAAGCAGCAAAGGAACAAUCAGACUGUGCGACAUGAGAGAGAAAGCCCUCUGUGAUCAACAUGCUAAGUUGUUUGAAGAGCCAGAGGAUCCAAGUAGUCGCUCGUUUUUCUCUGAAAUCAUAGCCUCCAUUUCUGACGUUCGUUUCAGCAGGAGCGGCCGAUACAUUCUCUCGCGCGACUACCUUACGGUGAAACUAUGGGAUGUUGCCAUGGAGUCCCGACCGGUUGAAGUGUACCCGGUCCACGACUACCUGAGGAGCAGACUCUGUUCGCUGUACGAGAACGACUGCAUUUUUGACAAGUUUGAGUGUGGAUUUAACGGAGAUGACAGUCAAAUCAUCACUGGUACUUAUAACAAUUUCUUUCGUAUUUUUGAUCGCCAGUCUGGUCAUAGCUACACGUACGAAGCAUCAAGAGAUAUGAACACACUUGGUCAAAUCCUCAGAAAUAAAAAGGUCGUCGCUUCAAACACCGCCCCCAAGAAACGCAAGGACGAAGUCUCCGUUGAUAACUUAGAUUAUGCUAGGAAGAUAUUACAUCCAGUGUGGCACCCGAGGGACAAUAUCCUAGCGAUUGCUGCCACUAAUAACCUCUACCUGUUUCACGAACAGCAACCUUGAUGAAUCAUUUGAUGACUAGUGUGGUAAAAUUUAUUAUUAUUAUUAUUAUUAUUAUUAUUAUGUGUAGCUUAUUAUUAUUAUUUAAUUUAUUAUUAUUAUUAUUAUUAGCGACUCACUUUCCAUUUUCACUUCCAUUCCUUCUCACUCUCGUAUUCUGUCUUUCUCACAUACACACACCUUUCCCCCCUCUCUCUUCUCUCUGCUAACAAAUGCACAACCAUUAAUGCUUCUUGCUGCUCCUCUCUCAUUGUUGUCUCACUUUUAAGUGUUAUUUCUAUUCGAAUGUGUUCGCCUCUUGCAAUGUAAAAAAGUACCUUUUCUCUUUCAACUUUAUAACAUUGUUAUUAUUACUAUUAUUAUUUAAAAGAAAAUUUAAUUUUUGUACUCAUCUCAGUGCAAAACAAAGUCA